UUUCUUAUUUCUUGUGAGGUAGCUCGCCUAUGCACCCCUAAAAUUUGGUAGGGGUUACCUAAUUCCCCUAAAACAUCCAAUAUCAAAAACACUAAAAGGCAACUUUGGAUGAGCCAAAGUUGAGAGAGCCAUUUCAUUUUAACUUAUCACUUCACACAUUCACUCAAUUAUUUCAUUUAUUUAUCUAAAAUAAUGGUCCGACUUCUAAGCUAAAUAUUGAUUAUAGGGGGAAAUUCUGUCAUCUGUCAACUUAUUUUUAACCUAGCUGAAAACCCUAUGGAAAACUGGGAAAUUCGUUGUUAUCUAACUUCAUAUCUAAUUCAAGAUUAUUCGGGAGAUUUAUGAUUCGGCUUCGCGAACGCUACACUAAUUCAAGGUUAAAUCGUUAAAUGUAAACAAAGACAUUUUUAGGAUUUCGAUUUUCGGUCGCCUGAAACGGAAGUUUCAGAAGCAAGUUCGAAAAGCUCACUGAAAAAGUCACUGAAAUUAUAGAGCUUUCAACUUAUUUGCAACAUAACCUUAAAAUAAAGUCCAAAUUAGAAUCAAACUAUGUAAAAACAAGUGUUAAUACAGUAAAAAUGUAUUCCAAUUUACUUAAAAUAUGUAAAACUAGAUUGUCUUAUUCAUUUAUAAAAGAAUCAUUAAGGAAAUACAGUAAAGUAUCCUCGAAAGAAUUAAAUAAUUACAAUGAAGAGACAUGUAACGAAUUAGAAACCAUAAUAGAUAAAUUUGGAGAGCACUUACAGUAUAACAGUGUGCUCCAAAGUUUGGGUAUUCCCUACGGUAAUAACAAGAAUACAUUUUGUAAUGAUAAUAUAAAGAAACGUAAAGAAUUUAUAAAACGUAACAUGCAACUCAUUCAGCCACUGCCUUUAUCAUUAAAAUUUAUUAAUGACAACAAUAAUAAUGAAUCUGUAAAACAUGAAGAACCUGUAGUUAAAAAAACUGAGGAACAAAUAGUUAGUUUUCCUUACGAGAAUACAGAUUCAAGUAAUUUUAAUGUUAAUAGGAGUAACCAAGAUUUAAAUAAGGUUGAUUUAACUGCUGAUGAUGAAAUUAGAUUAAAGCAUGAAAAAAUGAAAGAAGUUAGAAAUUGGAUGACUGCCUAUGAUAAUUAUAAUGAUUCAAACAUUGAAGACAUGGAAGAUGAAAAUUGGGAAAUAAAUUAUGGUACCCCUGAUCCUAAUUCUAGAGUUAGUAAUGUACCUUGUGGAGGCUGUGGAGCUCUAUUACAUUGUAAGGAUACAGCUAUUCCAGGAUAUAUCCCUUCAGAAAUAUUUAAGAACCACUCAAUGAGAGGUGGAGCUAACCUGGAAGCAAUUAUAUGCCAAAGAUGUUAUUUUCUAAAAAACUACAACAUGGCACUUCAAGUAAAAGUAUCCCCAGAUGAAUACCCUAAAAUUUUAUCAACAUUAAGUAAAAAAAAAGCAUUGGUUGUUUUAAUGGUGGAUUUAAUGGACUUUCCUUGCUCAAUAUGGCCUGGGAUGGCCGAUAUUUUGGGGCAAAAUAUGCCAGUGGUAAUUGUGGGAAAUAAAGUUGAUUUGCUGCCUAAAGAUGACGACAAAUUUUUGUAUAAUAUAAAAAGGAAAUUGUUGGAUUAUUGCAAGCUGUAUGGAUUUGGCACUGCAAAUAUUAGAAAUGUUGCUUUAAUUUCAGCUAAAACUGGAUUUGGGGUUGAAGAUUUGAUUACUAUGUUACAAUCUGAAUGGAAAUUUCAAGGUGAUGUCUAUCUAGUAGGCUGCACGAAUGUGGGCAAAUCCAGCCUUUUUAACGCCCUCAUCCAAUCAGAUUACUGCAAAAUGCAAGCGAUAGACUUGCUCCAGCGUGCCACGACAAGUUUAUGGCCCGGUACCACCUUAAACCUCCUGAAAUUCCCGCUAAUGCGCCCGUCCGGUUACCGUCUCCACUUACGUCACGAACGAUUGACAGCGGCCAAAAAGUUGUCAAUCAAGGAAGACAUAGUGAGGAGUACCAACUUGAAGGAGGUUAACUCGGGAAAAUACGCGACUCUGAUUGGUCACAUUGGGAGGUCCUACGAAAAGGAGGCUGAGGAUGAGGCAAAAGAUGUUUUUAGCGUGACGGCGAAUUCAAACGCGUCGGGGAAAUUAAAAAUGGGCGUGGACGAGUCUCAUCCAGACUACGCGUUGAGUCGGUGGUGCUACGACACGCCCGGCGUCAUUCAACCCGAUCAGAUUAUUAAUAUUUUAACAGCAGAUGAGUUGAUGUUGACUUUACCAAAACAUAUAAUAAGGCCUGUUAGUUUUUGUCUUAAACCUGGCAGUACUUUGUUUGUUGGAGGCUUGGGUAGAGUUGAUUAUUUGGAAGGUGACGUUUCUGUCAGAUUUACUGUAUUUAGAUCACACACAUUACCACUAACAGUGUGUAGCACCAAAAUUGCUGAUCAACUUUACAAGGACUUUUUGGGUAAAGAUGUUUUUGCAGUUCCAAUGGAUAUUUCGAAUAGACUAGAAAAAUGGCCAGGUUUAGAACAGUCCCAUAUUAUUUCAAUAACAGGAAUUAAUAAUAAAAUGUCUGCCAAAGAUAUUGUUUUAUCCAGUGCUGGUUGGGUGGCAAUAAACAUUAUAAAAGGCGUUACCGGAAAAUUUGUUGCUUGGACUCCUGAAAAAAGGGGCUGUUAUGUUAGAGACUGUUUGCUACCAAAAGCUGUACAAUUAAGAGGCAAAAGAAAACGAUUUUCUCCUGUAUAUGAAAAACAUAAAUUUAUAUAAUUUUAAUUUGACUUUUAUUUAUAAUUUUUAAAAAGAAAGAACGUUCAUAGGCAUGUGCGAAUUUUGAAAAUAUUUGCAGGCAUAUGCACAUGCUGUUUCCUGUGGUGUGACAAUGUCUAGGGAGAAUGUUUAAAAUAUUUUAUCCCCUCCACCUGAAUUUACAACUUUUCCUGUUUUGGAAUGCAUUAAUACCUUAGACAAAAACCAUUUAAUAGAAUUUAAUAUUUUUAUAUUUUAAAAUGAAAUCGGAUUAAUACAAAAAAUUACUGAUUUGGGUUUUGAGGUUUGGACCAAUCAACAGUAAGAAUCAAGUGAUCGUAACCAUGGCCAUUCAACAUACUGAUGGCCUUAGCUGCAUCGCAUUUGAAUUUGUAAUGGAUGUAGGCAUAACCUUUACAUUGACCGGUCUGUUUGUCUUUGGCCAAGUAGAUCUUGACAAUAGGACCAAAUCUUUUAACAAGCUCUUCCAAAUCAGCAUCAGUGGUGUUUUCACUGAGAUUUGCAAUCCUGAUUGCAGUUUGGUCAUCUCUCCUUUGCAUAUUCGGGCCGUCCAUUCUUUUUGAGGCACCGUCACGCAUACCAGGAGGAACAUACUUGGAAACCCCUGGUUUGUUGGCAUCACCUGC